AUGCCACUCCCAAAGGACCCAUUAACCCUCCACGGUGGGUGUAACUGUGGCUCUAUACGCUAUCGCGUCUCUGUGCCCGAACACUCUGACCGUCCUGUCGCGCCAUAUCACAGUGGGGAGAUAAACACCGAAAAGAUGGAGGAUAUGCCACGCAUCCCGUUCGUGCUGCUCGAUCACUGUAACGACUGCCGACGCGCGACAGCGAGUGUGCUCCCGAUGUGCCUGGUCACCGAGAUGAAGACCGUGGAAGUGUCCGUCCUUUCCAACGACGCCCUUCAACAACCUCCACCGAUUGAUGACACUGCAAGAGAAUGGCAGCCGCUCGCUUCGGUCGUGGACGCUUUCGAAGACGGAUCCAAUAUGGUCUCAGCUUCAAACUCCACCCUGGGUCAUUAUAUCUCCUCCCCUGAUCGGCAUCGCUGGUUUUGCGGACGGUGCGGGACUCCUCUCGCCUACAGCGUCACUUAUUCCGCGUAUCCGGAGCCGUGGAAAGCCGCCGCCGCGCCCUGCAUGUUUGACAUCUGGCUGGGGACACUCGACCGGGACUGCUUGGAGCAGGAAUGGCUGAGGCCGGAUCACGCCGUGUGGUGCCAUUUCGCGGUUCCUUGGAUCGCAGACCUGGCAAAGACCGGUGCAACGAGGAUCACGAGUUCGGUGGGGGAAGAAGAUUCCCUCGGCAGCAGGGGACCAGGGACGGGGACGGGGAAGGGAGGUGAUGAGCGAGGUGAGAGUAUUAGGCCAAACGGGCGGCAAUUGAAGACCGAACCAGUGCCGAGACAUCCUCUGUUCAUGGUCGACCAGGACGAAGGGGCGGAUGUCAGCGAGUGGUUGAAGCUUCUGAACAUAUAG